AAAACAACCAACAACCAUCAAUAUGUCUGCCCUCCAAAAGUUCCUCAAGCUCUCAGGUAGCAAACCCGAAAUUUUCCCUCUCUUUGGUAUCAUGGGCAUCGCUUUGGGUGGUGCUGGUUUCAUGGCCGUUCACCAGGCUAGAGCUCCCGAUGUCGUUUGGGAUCACAAGACCAAUGCCUCUCCAUGGCAAGAUGUGAAGGAGGGAGAACAAGUUAAGCUUUAUGCCCUGAACCAAAAAUACACUGGCCGCUAUGAACGCCCCAGAUUUUAGACAACAUAAAUCUAUACUCUUCAAACCGAUCAAAUCCAAUCAAAUCCAAUCCAAUUCAGUCCAGUCCAGUCCAAUCCGAUCCGAUCCAGUCCAACUCACACAUUCUCCUUCAAACCCUACCCGUUAAAUUUAUAUAUUACUCUAAAGCAAUCCUUCAAUUGUUUGUAUUAAUUCUUCUUCCUCUCCCUACCUUGUAAAUCCUUGUACAAUAUUAAACACUUAUUUUAAACACC